GGCAGCUGCAUGUGUCUGUCGAUCAGAGAGAGCUGUCUGAACGGAGCGUGCAUCUCCAAUGUGCGCACACCUCACUGCGGUGCCCCCGAAAUCAACAAUAAUCAACAGAAUAGACACACCGGGACUGUGGGAGCUGUUGGGAUAGCGGGGCAGGCUCGUGUGUUUUGGGGGAGGAAGUGUCCGUGUCGAAAACAGCGGAGAUAGAGACCUCCACCAGGACAGAGACAACACGACGCACUUCGGAGUCAAUACUACUUAGUUUAGCUGCAAAAAAGAGGAAUGAGAGACUGUCCAGAAAGCGCGGCGAAGCUCUUCUUGUCGGCGCGGAGCUCGUUCAGCAGCAGCCCGUAUCUCUGCCCACUCUCCGGGGCUUUCCGUGUGUUUUCUGCCAGUCAGCCAUCGACGAGUUACAACAGAAGUUAACGAAGCACUUCUUGUGAUAAUAACACGUUUGUACACUAAAAUAACGCGACCUAACUAGGAUGGACAAACGUGCGUAAAGUGUGCAUUUAAAAGAACUUCUUCGCGGGAUCUAAUUUAGCGACUUUUCUGUUUUUACCACGUUUGAAGAAGUGUGGACGAAACGACACGGAUUUGAUUUCGCCCGGUCCAGGUUUCCUCCUCUUCCCGUCCACUAAUCGUGGUCUUCGCAUGAAAAGUCCAGCGGAAAGUCCUGCAGCAGUAUGCCGAGGAGAAAGCAGCAAGCGCCGCGGCGGUCAUCAGCAUAUGGAUCUGAAGAUGAAUUCAACAAGGCAGAUGAAGAGGAGCACAUGCAGGACGAUGGGCUGUCUCUGGAUGGCCAAGACACUGAGUACCUGUUCAACGAUGAAGAAGACCGCGACCAUUUUAGCUGUCAGAACUCUCCACUCAGCAAUGGCACCAACCCCGAUGCUGGGUAUGCGUCUCCGCUCAGCAGCACCAGUGAUCAUUUGGGAGACCUCAAAUCUACGCCCUCUUUCACUGACCAAGAAAAGGCAGAGGAGCAGCUCAGUGAAAAAACUGAGCUUGUCAAUGGCAUGUCAAUACAAGAUAGUCUGGAAAAAAUGAAGGCAGUCUAUGCAAAUCUUAUCUCCGAUGCCUCCUGGUCUAGCAUUGCGAUGGACAUGCUCAAAAGUAAACAAGGGAACAAUUUUGCGGCAAACAGCAGCAAUGGGGGAAAUCACAAAGGAAGCAAUGGGUUCCUGAAUAGUCACAGCCAGAGCACUGUAAAUGUGAAGAACAAAUGUAGCCCCAAUAAUGAAUCAACCACAUCAAAUGUUACCACCAGCAGCACUCCCACCAGGGCUGCGACAAACAGCAGCAACAGCGCCACCUCUGCUAGCUCUGGGAACUCCGGGGGGCUAGCUUAUGAUUGGCACCAGGCAGCAUUAGCCAAAACCUUACAGCACACUCCAUACCAGCUCCUCCCUGAACCUAGCCUCUUCAGCACCGUGCAGCUUUAUCGGCAGAACAAUAAACUCUAUGGGCCGGUGUUUACUGGGGCCAGCAAAUUCAGGUGUAAGGAUUGCAGUGCAGCCUAUGACACCUUGGUUGGUCUGACAGUGCAUAUGAAUGAAACGGGACACUACAGAGAUGACAAUAAGGAUAAAGAGGAUGACAGAAGCAAGAAGUGGUCCAAGCCACGCAAGCGCUCUUUGUUAGAAAUGGAGGGCAAAGAAGAUGCCCAAAAAGUCCUGAAAUGUAUGUACUGUGGCCAUUCGUUUGAGUCAUUGCAAGAUCUCAGUGUCCACAUGAUCAAAACUAAACACUAUCAGAAAGUGCCUCUAAAAGAACCAAUGCCAGCGCUUACAUCAAAGCUGGUACCUCCAACCAAAAAGAGAGCAUUUCAAGAUCUCAUGUCCCCAAGCUCUCCAGAGUCAGUCUCAUCCAGCAUUCCCAUGGGAGAGUCUCCCAAAGACCAAAAAGUGUCCAACCCCUAUGUCACUCCCAACAAUCGCUAUGGUUACCAAAAUGGUGCCAGUUAUACAUGGCAGUUUGAGGCCCGUAAGGCCCAGAUCUUGAAAUGUAUGGAGUGUGGCAGUUCACAUGACACCUUACAACAGCUUACGGCCCACAUGAUGGUCACUGGGCACUUUCUGAAAGUCACUAAUACAGCAUCUAAGAAGGGAAAGCAGCUGGUCUUUGACCCAGUGGUUGAAGAAAAAAUUCAAUCAAUCCCCCUUCCACCAACAACAACAAGGCUACCAACUCCUAAUGAGAAGUCACCACCUGGUUCUCCUCUGCCGCCUGAUAGUCCCGAAAAUAAAAUGGAAGAUGAUAAAGAGGAAGAGGAGAAGAUGGAAAUGAAGGAACCUGAGAGAAAAAUCAAAGAGGAGAAAGAAGACAUUACAGAAAAGGAGGACAAACCUGAAAAGGCAAAACCAUAUGAGUAUUUAACUGAAGAGGAUCUGGAGGAGGCUCCAAAAGGUGGCUUGGACAUCCUCAAGUCAUUGGAGAAUACAGUGUCAAGUGCAAUUAGCAAGGCCCAGACAGGCACUCCAACCUGGGGCGGCUAUCCCAGCAUUCAUGCUGCAUACCAACUACAUGGAUCAAUAAAGUCUAGCGUGCCCUCAUCUACACAGGUUCAGCCCUUGUUCAGCAACAAUAGUUUAAAAGUGUUAUCUUCUGAUUUGGGGAAACUUAUUCAGACAUCAAACAGCCCUUCACCUCCUCUGAGUCACAAGAGCAAUGUGUUAGCUAUGGAGGAGCUUGUGGAAAAGGUGACUGGAAAAAACUCAGUGAAGAAUGAAAAAGAGGAAAAGGUUUUGGACAAGCAUAACAGAUUCUCAAAGUCACCAGUGACCUCUUCAAAAGACAAACGGAGCACUCCCAGUCCUGAAAAUCUGUCUAAACAAGCACCAAAGAUGGUACCUGAUGACAAACCUCAAAUAAAAUGCAAAGAGGAAGAGCAGACCGACUCAAAGCCUGAACGGCAUGUUAAAACUGAAGUUGCUUCACCAAAAAAUUCACUGACCAACGGUUGUAGCAACUUGAGCAUUAUCACGGACCACUCUCCUGAACCUCCAGCCGUGAACCCUCUCAGUGCUCUGCAGUCUGUCAUGAACAACCACCUGGGAAAAGCCUCCAAAGUCAACAAGCCUUUUGUGGACCCCUUUGCAACAUUAUAUAAACUCAAUAACAACUCAGCUCAGAAUAAACAAGUGGAGCCUGUUAGUCUGUAUCCAGAGGAGGAUGAUCAGCCUAUAGACUUAACUAAAUCAAAGAACACCAAUGGAUGUUCAACAAAGAGCUCUGUCGCACCAAACAACAGCAAACCCUUUUUCAAAUCUUUCUCUAAGUCGCCAUCGCCUCUUCGGGAAAAUGCUCUCAUGGAUAUCUCCGACAUGGUGAAAAAUCUGACGGGCCGCUUAACACCAAAGUCCACCACCCCCUCCUCCAUAUCAGAAAAGUCAGAUAUUGAUGGGUGUGAGGAGAGCCUAGAAGAACUGUCCACAAUCCAACGACGUAAAGGUCGACAGUCAAACUGGAACCCCCAGCACCUCCUCAUACUUCAGGCGGAAUUUGCCUCAAGUCUCAAGGAGACUCCUGAAGGAAAAUUUGUAAUUAAUGACUUGGGACCCCAGGAAAGAGUCCACAUUUGUAAAUUCACUGGUCUCUCAAUGACUACUAUCUCACAUUGGCUGGCCAAUGUAAAAUACCAGUUAAAACGGACAGGAGGAACAAAGUUCCUCAAGAAUAUUGACUCCGGCCAGCCCCUCUUCCUGUGCAGUGACUGUGCUUCCCAGUUCAGGACUCCAUCCUCUUACAUACAUCAUCUGGAGUCCCAUCUUGGUUUUACUUUGAAGGACCUUUCAAAACUUUCCAUUGACUUAAUCGAGCAGCAGGUAAACAGGUUAGAGGACAAGUCCUCUGGAGUCACAGAAGAUGAGGCCGGCUCAGUGCAUCAGUGCAAACUGUGCAAUCGGACUUUUGUCAGCAAACACGCAAUCAAGCUGCACCUUUGUAAAACUCAUGCAAAGUCUCCAGAGGACCACCUGGUCUUUGUGAAAGAGAUGGAAAAGUUAAGUUAAACCAUGAACUCUAGUCAAGUUAAUAGCAUGACAGAUUAUCGUUGCACUAUAAUUCUAAGCUACAAUCUGUCGUAAAAGAUAGUGCCACAACUGGAUCAAGCAUUUUACAACACAGUGGUGUAAUAGCUUUAAUGCCACUUUAUGUAAGUAGUUUUAAUGGAGGUGCACAGUGGGGACAACAGCCAUGGCACUAUACAUUCACUGACUGAUUGUUGCUUUUCUUAAUGCACUGCAUCGUACCUGAGCCUUUGGAAAAUCCUCUGAUAAAACUGGACAUGCUCUUAUUUUGGUCACAGUUUUUGAACAAUGUUUUGAUAUUCCAGAACAACUUGCAUUUUCAUUAUGACUGUGCAUGUUUUAUGUAAACAAUACAGUAUUUGACCCAAACAAAAAUGUCCCCUUCAAAAUUGAUGUACUACCUGUUCUGUAACAAUGAAGGAUUAUGGAAAUGAUAGGCCAAUGGCAGAUAUGUUUAAACCUGGUAAUAUUUACAAUGAAAUUAGCACUUUAAGAAAGUGUAAAUUAAUAAAUGUAUGUAUGUAUGACAGACUUGGUGAGACCUGAACCCUGAACAAUUAUAAUUUUGUAUUUGACAAAAUUCUCGCAACAAUCUUGUUUCUUGUAUAAUAAUUAUCAUUUCUGCAUUGUUUCAACAUGUACAGUAUUUGUGUUAGUAAAAGUUUUAUUCAUGUGGAGCUGAUGUUUGAUGAAGUUAAGAUCUUACCAUACAAGUACUCAGCAAGUAUGUAUACAUGUAUGUUGACAUAUCUUGCUCUUUACAAUUCAACAUUAUUUGUACUGUGUGCAUUUUUAUAAUGUUGUUUUCUAAACCAAUAUGGGAAGAAAUGUAAAAAGCUUCAAAAUAUUGUUGGGACCAAAAUGUCCUUUUUCAAUGAAUAUGGUUCCUCUGAAGAAAUGACUUGUCUUGUGUACAUGAAGUGUACAUAACAUGGAAAUUCUCACCAAUAGAUUUGCAGAUUUUAUCAACUCAGUUAUUCAGAGUGACUUUCUUUUAUUCUUGGUUGUAAAAUAAAGUCCAUGUUCUGAUCU